AUGUCCCAGUUGAGAGACAUCAAAUCCCAGGCAUUGGAGGCUGAGAAAGAUGUACGAUUGGCGUCGACGCAGAAACAGGCCUUGGAAGCUGCAAUUAACGUGGCAGAGCAUUAUAUGAAUGCACUUAGGCUGGCUGAUGAUCCAGUGGAAAGAAGACUAUUUGAUUCAAAGUGCAAGGAAUAUCUCACUCUAGCCGAAAGGAUCAAGCAGUCUAAAGAUGGAGACAGGCUACCAGCCCUGGUGCCUUCAGUGAUACCCUCUUCGCAGCCAGACUUAGUGGAUAGAGAGCCAACCUCUACGAGAACACAGUCUAACCGUGAACAGAUUAUACUGCUCGAAAACUCCAAGCUAAAUGGAUUUGUCUUUCCACCUUGGUCAGCAACAGCAGUUCCUGACCCUGGAGAGUUUCAGGCUGACGAGGAAGGUGGAUUAUUCCUUGAUCUUUCUGAUCUUCAAAUAUGCCCUGUCCAGCGAGAAAUAUUUGAUGGCUGGAAGCGACCUUCGGAGAUCUUGGGUCACCACACAACAGGCGCUCCGAUAUUGCUGGGCCCAAACCCCAUGGACUUAGUCCAAGAUGUAACCACGGACUGCUCUGUUGUGGCAAGCCUUUGCACAGGGGCGUCACCAGGGAAAGAAGGAGUUCCUCAGCUAGUUCGCUCUGUAAAGAUGUACCCAUCUGAGGAUGGCAAAGUUCCAUGCAUCUCCCCCUCUGGGAAGUAUAUAUUCCGUCUUUACUUCAAUGGGUGUUACCGAAAGGUCGUCAUUGAUGAUAUGCUUCCAUCUUCAAAAACCCUACGAUCCCUCCACGUGAUAGAUAGGAACAACCCUACGGCCAUAUGGCCAGCGUUAGUUGAAAAAGCCUAUUUGAAAGUCAGAGGUGGCUACGACUUUCCAGGAAGCAAUUCCGGUACUGACCUCUGGGUUCUAACUGGCUGGAUCCCUGAACAGGUCUUUCUACACCAUGAUGAACUAGCUCCUGACCAUUUGUGGCAACGCCUUGCCAAGUUCUUCAAAUCAGGCGAUAUUCUACUAACACUAGGUACCGGAAAAUUGACAGAGUAUGAAGAAAAUGAGCUUGGCCUUAUAAGCUUACACGACUAUGCAGUAUUAAACUUGCAAGAGAGGGAUGGGGUUCGCCAAUUGCUCAUCAAAAACCCAUGGGCCGCCGGGCCUGUUUGGAAAGGCGUAGGCCAACUUAGAGCGAGUCAUAGUCUGAGUGAUACCUCUGAGCCUGAACCAUCACAUCCCUCGACUACUGCCCCAGGCACAUUUUGGAUGGCGUUUGACGACGUUCUCCAAAAUUUCGAUAACCUGUAUCUUAAUUGGAACCCUACUCUAUUCCGCUACCGCCAGGAUAUCCACUUUCGCUGGGACUUAUCAUCUGUGAGUAUAGUUGCAGGAUGCUUUGCAGAAAAUCCCCAGUUUGCUGUUUCCACUAAGGCCGGAGGGACGGUAUGGUUGUUGCUGGGUAAGCAUUUUAAAACCGGGGAUUACAAGAAAAAUGCAAAUCAACUUUUAGAAGUGGCUCCUGAUAUUGAACAAGCCGGGUUCAUCAGUCUUUAUGUGUUUGACAAAAAUGGAAGCCGAGUCUAUCUAGCAGACGGCGCCCUACGCCGUGGACCCUACGUUGAUUCACCAAAUACGGUGAUGAUGCUUGAGAUGCCGCCUAAUACGACAUAUACUGUUGUAGUGUCAGAGCAAUCUCUACGGAGGUCACUUUAUAGUUUCUCUAUUUCCGCCUUUGCAAUGUCUCCAAUUACCGUCAAUCCCGCGAAAGAGAUAUACUCCCAUGUUAAAAAAUUAUCCGGAGCUUGGACCACGUCCACGGCUGGUGGCAAUGCUGAAUCCGAGAGAUAUCCCGAAAACCCACAGUUCCAGCUACAGAUCCUUGAGAAAUGCGAUGUUAAUAUCCUCCUGGAAGCAGAGGACCCUGGAUUCGCAGUCCAUGUGAGCCUUAUUUGGUCAAACGGGGGCCGAGUAGCGUGUGUUCGCUCACGAGAUAUAGUGGUUGGUAGUGGUGAUUAUCGUCGCGGUUUCGCCUUAGCAGAACAAAGGGGUGUGGAAAAGGGACUUUAUACUGUCGUUUGCUCAACAUUUACCCCGGAUCAACGUGGCAAAUUCACGCUGUGUAUUUCCACCACCUCACCCUGCUUUGUCAAGCCACUACCGGCAGAAGGGGCGGGAAACUUGGUCAUGAAAUCUGGUACCGGCAUCUUUCCUCCAGGUACGGACCGAAUUCUAGCUCCAAUUACUAUCCCUCGCCUAGCCCGAUUGAAAUUAAUAUGCAGGCGCCGCGGAUCCUCAAUUGGGGGUCGCAACGCUGCCCCUUCUCCAAUUCUUAUGACCCUAGAGCUUGGACAAGGACCGUAUAAAGAAAUUCUUGCCGGGUCUGGAGAUGGGAAUUUUAGUGAUGACGUGAGAGGUGCCCGCAUUGAAGUAGUAGAUCUACAGCCAGAAUUUGAACGGAGAGGUGGCAUAUGGCUAGUCGUUGAACGCAUCGGUGGGCCAAGUGGUCAAGUCGAAGAUUGUAUCGAGGUUGAGAUCCUUUCAGAGGAGCGGAUAGGAAUAGGCUCGUGGGGUAUUGGUGAUGGAUGA